AUUGAACGGAUGAAUAGAUUAGUGAGUGAGCAAGUGGAAGCGUGUGCGUGGCACCCCCAUCAAUCUGCCACGAGCCGCAGCGCGGAACAAAAGCUAUUAUUCUCACGCGAAUGAAAGCGUUCAGCUUCAGCCAAUCAGCGAGCAGAGCUCCGCCUGCGCCGCACGAGGGGCGCAGUAUAAGAGACGUGCGAGGCGAGUCUGUGGCACACUUCAGUCUGAGCACUGACGGAUCCCGAGCUCUCUCUUUCUCUCUCUUUAUCUUGGGAUUACUCUCAUUACCGAAUCUUAACUUUCAUCAUGACUCUGGAGGAAGUUCAGAUCCAGAAACCCCAGGAACGCGACCAGUGUGUGGGUCAGGCCCUGGAGGAUGUUCUGGUCUCUGCAAAAGACAACGACGCUCCCACCGUGGGCGUCCACGAGUGCGCCAAAGUCAUGAAUCUAGACCCAGACAGCGUGUCCUUCUGCGUCCUGGCCACGGAUGAGGAGUUUGAGUGCGACAUCGCGCUGCAGAUCCACUUCACACUGAUCCAGUCCUUCUGCUUCGACAACGACAUCAGCAUCGUGCGCGUCAGCGACACACAGAGACUGGCUGAGAUUGUCGGCGGAGACAAAGUCGAGCAACUGGAAGACGCUCACUGCGUCCUCAUCACGAACCCAGCUGAUGGUUCUUGGGAGGACCCUGCUCUGGAGAAACUGCACCUGUUCUGUGAGGAGAGCCGUCAUCUUAACGACUGGCUUCCUGAGAUCAACCUCCCCGGUCGUUGAUCUGAUCUGAGAUUCAACAUUUGUGAAUCUUUUUGUCUGGAAAUACUCAUCCUGACCUGCAGGGUGACCCUGUUUCUCUUCAUCCCUGGAUACUCCUGAGGAGGAUUCUGGUCCAGGCAGCACAGCGCCGGCCCCGGCCCCCUCUGCUGAAGGAAAGAGAGGGGCCCCCGGCCCGUGAACCGUCGACUCUCGUACCUGUCCAUGCCAAGAUGACUCUCAUUCUUUCUGUGAAUGAGGUCAGGCAUGAAACGAGAGCGGCACACGUCGACCCUCAUUCUUUGUGUGGAUGAGGUUUGGAGAGGAAGGAGAAGCGAGUUCUGCGUCCUGAGGUGUUUUGAGAAAAAAAAACCUCUCAGAGCAGAUGCCGCAAACGUGACGCACGCGCAGUAGGAGAAGAAGCGGUGCGGAGGAAGAGGUCGUCUUUUGGAAAGAGACUUUUCUGAAUGAUGUCCUCCUGGGCUGAGCAACAGAACCAACAGUUGCACAUCAGCGCUAAUGUUUUCCACUUUCCAGAAUUGUCUUAAUUCUCUAAAGGUUUCACUUUAGAAAUUUAACAAUGACAAGAAAAAAAAUUGAAAAAAAAAAAAACUCCCUUAAAGUUUCGCUUUAGAAACUAAAUGAUGGAAAAUAUAUGAAAUAUUAAAAAAUGCUUGAUUCCAAAGGUUUCACUUUAGAAUUAUAGCAUUUUGUUUAAAAAAAAAAGGACAACAAAAUCUGAAACAUUUAAAAAUAUUAAUUAAAAAAAAUCCCAAUUAUAUUUGUUUUCUGCUUAGUAACUUGGUGAAAAUACAAAUCUUCAUACAAGGUUUCACUUUCACUAAAAAUUAGAAAAAUAUUUACAAAUGUGAAAAAUAUAUUUUUUUGUUGUUGUCAAAAGAAAAUGAUUAGACAUUGAUAGGACAUUUAUUUAAGUUUUCUGCACAAUGAAAAGAAUUGUCUUGAAAAAAAUGGAAAGACUUGAAAAGUGUUGAUAGAAAACAUUGAAUAAAGGAAAAGAAAUCAACCCCUCAGUCCUGUUUCAC